CCCAUGGCUCUGGAGGAGCUGGGCAUCAGCCUGUCCAUGAUCGGCGUCGCUGGGACCAUCCUGAUCUGCGCCCUGCCCAUGUGGAAGGUGACGGCCUUCAUCGGCACUCACCUGGUGGUCAUGCAGGUGUUCUGGGAGGGCCUGUGGAUGACCUGUGUGAGUGAGUACACGGGCCAGCUGCAGUGCAAGCUCUACGAUGCCCUGCUGGACCUGGCGCCUGACCUGCAGGCAGCCCGAGGCCUCAUCUGCAUCAGCCUGGUGCUGGGAUGUUUGGGAUUCCUCGUCUUCCUCCUGGGAGCCCGCUGCACCAACUGCCUGAGCCACCCGGGGAUAAAGGCCCGGGUGGUGCUAGGCUCUGGGGCCAUCUUCUGCCUGUCGUCGCUGACCACCAUGGUGGCCGUUUCCUGGACGGCCAACACCGUCAUCCGCGACUUCCACAACCCACGGGUCCCCGAGGUGCUGAAGAGAGAGCUCGGAGCGGCCAUAUACAUCGGCUUCGUGACCUCUGGGCUGCUGUUCUGUGGGGGGGCCAUCCUGUGCACGAGCUGCCCACCUCAGAGGCCCAGGUUCCCCUCCAGCGGGUACACCCGGGCCAGGAGCCCCCCCCAGGGCAGCUAUGCCAUCAAAAACUAUGUCUGAAGUCAGGAUGGAGGGAAUAACUAACACAUCUUGAACUGUGCAAUGUAGUAAAAUGGCCAUAUCUAGAUAGAUAAAUGUGUUGUAAUAAUAUAAGAAUAUUAUCCAAUUUACUUUAAUUCUUGAUUAAUCAUUGUGGACAUUCAAAGUGUUGUAGUGAAACGUGCAGUUGAACUAUUAGA